AGCGCCAACAACCUCUGCUUCUCAAACCUCCCAUUACCCACGACUCAGAGCAUCGCUAGAGGACGCUGGUCCGCAGUUGCAGCGGCGGGAUCUAAUCGAUAAAUUCUGUGGCCUGCCUGGAAGCAGACAUCGUCCCUUCAUUGCCCUCCUGUAUCUUUUUGCGCGAUGGGGCUUUCCAACAGGUGGCCCUCCGUGGAGCUCUCUGCUAACCCGUCCCCAGUGCCAUCAUUCUUCGUUAGGCUGAGGAUGCCAUAGUUUUCCUCACCUGCUUCUUGUCCAAACUCCUUUGAGGUCAGCCGGUCACUGCAGGAGUCGAGACGAUUCUUGUGCCAUCCUUCCUACAUUACCGCCGUCCAAGCCACGCUUGCGUGCAACAUCAACAUCUCCCAAAGCCUCAUCUCCGAAUCAUUUUUGCCCACCAAAUCCACCACCUCCUCAUAAUGCUCAACAUGUCUGGAAACCACGUCAUUGGAAACCGUAACAGCACGCCGGAAGCCAACACAACGUCGACCUUGCGACCCCCCUCCUCCAGGGCUAUCGGGUCUGGCCAUUCUCUCCGUGCGUCGGCCGACAUGGCUGCUCUUUCAGGACCUUCGCCGUCCAGCCGCAUCCGGCCCUCGUCGGAUUUCUAUGGUCAGACCCAACAGAACCUUGGUCCUGGCGGCUCGGAGGCAGACUCUCAAGAUAAGAUCGCCCAACAAUGGAUUGCCGACAUCGACCAAUACGAGACGACGCUUGAAGAAAUGGCGGCCGCGACGCUAGAUCAGGAUUUCAAGGAUGAACUCAGUGCUAUUGAGCAAUGGUUCCGAGUCCUGAGCGAAGCCGAGCGCACUGCUGCCUUGUACGCUCUUCUGCAGCAAACAACACAGGUCCAGAUUCGCUUCUUCAUCCAAGUGCUCCAGCAGAUGGGCAAGAAUCACCCCAUGUCAGGCGUCUUGUCUCCUGCCAGCUUCGAUAAAGAUCCAAUGUCCAACCGCCUCAGCGAUGCGAUGAACAAGCUCAACGUGGAAUCUGCUCGAAACUCAAUUUCCAGGAACUCUGCCAUAUCAUCAUCGAAGCGUCACUCGGGGCUUGAUCCAUCUACCAUAAAUGCCAUGUUCCCAGACGCCGCCGCUGCCAUUGCUACCGAGAAGGCAAAGUUCACUCAGCAGACGGGCAAUCCACCUGCGUCGAAUCGCAACAGUACCGCCAUGGAUCCACGUACUUCCAUGACUGCGCCGGCCCUCACCGCUUCACAAGACUCUCGGGAUGUUGUGUCUGCCAAUCCUUCUUCGCCCUGGGCCAGUGGCUCAGGGGACCAAUCCGGCACAAAAGGCACCAAUUCGCAACCGCCGAUGGGCCAGUUUGUGCAGCCAACCCCAGCAAGCGGGCUCCGGUCUCCACGCCCCCAGUUGUCUAACAACUCUGCUAUACAGAGCACAACUCUCAAUGCACCAGACAAAAAUCCAGCAGAUCUACCUCUCCUUUCUCCCUACAAUGCUGGCAGCGGGAAUUGGGCAUCCAUGGUAAACACUCCCAUGGCUGCCAGUUUUAAUGCCGCCAAUGCCGCUGGUACUCAAGCCGAUAUGGUUGCCAAUGCUACCGCCAUGAAGCUCGCAGCACUCUCGACCGUGAACAACCGAUUCGCCUUGGACGAUGUUCGGAAGUACCGCCGGGCAAGGUCCAACGACGGCUCAGGAAAUGGACAACCACCCCUCUCCCCUGGACCUCAAGGGAUCAAUCUUACUGGUACCAACGUGGUAAUGAUCAAUGAGCAUGGGCAGGUCCUCAGUCGUGAACAGCUCAUGGCAAUCCAAGCCCAGCAAAGCUUGGGCCUUGGCGGCCAGCGCUCGCGCCCCAGUUCUCCGGGGCUUGCCAUGCAGCCUGGGAUCGCCCACAUGGCCCCAUUCGCGUCGCCGCAAAACAACGGGUUCCUCAGUGCUUAUGACGGAACUUCGCCACUGAUGGGAGGCGGCAUUCCCUCUGUAAACCUGGGUCAAAUGGGGAUGGGUGGACACGAAGGCUACCUAUCGGACCACUCGGACAUGGUGCGUGGUCGGUCGCCUCGGGGACGAAGGGGCAGCUCAAAGCCUCCAGAGGACCCGACCGACCCCACACUCCUCCAGGACAUUCCCAGCUGGCUCCGCAGUCUUCGACUUCACAAGUACACUGACAAUUUGAAGGACAUGAAGUGGACAGAAUUGAUCGAAUUGGAUGAUAAGGCGCUUGAGGACCGCGGCGUGAACGCUCUAGGAGCGCGUAGGAAAAUGCUCAAGGUCUUUGAACAGGUAAAAGAUGCCAAAGCCGACGGGAAACUCACCUAGCACUGCUCGUUCAGCUUGGAGAGGACCGGACUAGGCACCAGGAGUCUUCCUUCGCCACAUUCCUUAGAUAGCGGGUGGCCGUACGAAUUUCGUAGUUAUAUAGGCGAACUACGGUACUACGUUCAGCCAGUGCACCACCUGCGCACUUUGUAUUGGAUUCCAUUAAUUAUAAACUACUGAACAUGACAUUGAGAAAGGGGUGAUAAAAAUUUUUAUAGUGUGGACUUGAAUGGCAGUGCACGUGCCCACCCAACCUACUUGAUGCCUUAAUUCCUGAGUGCUCUCAAGGUGCACAUACCCCAACCACGGAACCUC